AUGCAACAACAGCAACAACAACCUGAAAGUUCAACAAAGCAAAACGCCAUGGAGAGGCUCCGGGCAGCCCGAAUGAGGAUGGCACGCCAGGGAGUCACUCGUAGUGUCGAGAGUAUGUUUCGUGCAGGCGCUGACUUUUCGAAAACAGCAACUACUUCUUCAAAUCAACAACAACAAUCAUCGGGUUCUGCAGGUUCAGGCCCUGAAGAGUCGAUUGUUUCCGCACUGGCUGCUAAACGCACUCUAACAGAAGACACUGGCGGUGUUUCACUAUCACAGGCACGCGAGAUGUAUAAGGACCGACCUAAUAAAGUACAGAAAACAGACACUUCUUCUUCUUCUUCUUCUUUAGCACCCAAGAAAUCGUCAAAUCGAGAUGCUACAGCCUCAUCAUUCUCACGUAAGAUGGACCACUACAUUGAGUACAACUUUGCAACAAUGCGGGACUCCAAGGGUGGGUUCAUUGACGCUGACUUGGAUCUGACAGCGGCAGAGCUUGCAGAGAAGCGUGCGCGUGAACAAGCUGAACGAGAAAAGGAAGCCGCGCUGCAUCAACCGCUGGCUCAACUGGGUGUUUCAAGGGAAGAUUUACUAAAGUGUUUUGAGUGUGGUACCACUGCAUUAGACUUUAAAUUGUACCGGGUUUUCCGGACACGGGUUUGCAAGGUGUGUCGUGAAUCACAUCCGGAAAAGUACUCGUUGCUGACCAAAACAGAGUGCCGAACAGAUUACCUGUUGACAGACCCUGAGCUACGUGACGAAGAACUACUUCCGCACUUGGAAAGGCCGAACCCACACAAGGCAACAUUCAACAACAUGAUGUUAUAUAUGCGGUACCAGGUGGAGGAGUUUGCAUUUCGAAAAUGGGGUGGUGAGGAGGGUCUUGAUGCAGAGUACGAGCGACGGGUGGCGGCACUCAAGGCCCGUAAGGAAAAGAAGUUUCUGGAAAAGCUACAACAAAUGCGUCGGACCACAAGAGCUUCAGGAAAAUAUUCUGGGAAGGGAGAGAAUGGGAAGGAUGGGGUUGGUCGGCACACUCAUGAGUGGAGUGCGGCGUUGGCUGUGGAGAACCCGGAGAUUCCUGGGACGGUCCGGCGCCGGUGUGCCAUUUGUGGAAUGAUGACUGAGGAAGUUCAGAUGUGA